AUGUCCUAUGACCGCUACGUGGCCAUCUGCAAGCCCCUGCACUACGGGACCCUCCUGGGCCACAGAGCUUGUGUCCACAUGGCAGCAGCUGCCUGGGGCAGUGGGUUUCUCACUGCUCUGCUGCACACAGCCAAUACAUUUUCACUACCCCUCUGCCGAGGCAACGCUGUGGAACAGUUCUGUGAAAUUCCCAAGCUCCUCAAGCUCUCCUGCUCACAUUCCUACCUCAGGGAAGUUGGGCUUCUUGUGGUUAGUGCCCUGAUUGCUAUUGGGUGUUUCGUUUUCAUUGUGGGGUCCUAUGUGCAGAUCUCCAGAGCCAUGCUGAGUAUCCCCUCUGAGCAGGGAUGCCACAAAGCCUUUUCCACGUGCCUCCCUCACCUGGCUGUGGUCUCCCUGUUUAUCACCACUGUCAUAUUUGCUUACCUGAAGCCUCCCUCCAUCUCCUCUCCAUCCCUGGAUCUGGUGGUGUCAGUGCUGUACUCAGUGGUGCCUCCAGCAGUGAACCCCCUCAUCUACAGCCUGAGGAACCAGGAGCUCAAGGAUGCUGUGAGGAAGCUGAUGACUGGAUGUUUUUCAGCAGUCAUACACUGCCUGCUUUCCUCUGCAAAAGGCUCCCCGUGUAGGUCAUGA